GCAUCCUAUUCCCCCAAAUAAGAGUAUUUCCGAUUGUCUUUCGGGAAAAGCGGCGAAUUUCCGAUUGUCCUUGGAGAUGGAGACUGGCGGUAAGGUGAAGAAAGGUGCCGGAGGGAGGAAGGGAGGUGGACCAAAGAAGAAGCCCGUUUCUCGCUCGGUAAAAGCCGGCCUCCAGUUUCCGGUUGGUCGGAUCGGUCGUUAUCUCAAAAAAGGCCGCUACUCCGAACGCGUCGGUACCGGUGCUCCUGUCUACAUGGCCGCCGUGCUAGAGUACCUCGCUGCUGAGGUUCUUGAGCUGGCUGGGAAUGCCGCAAGAGAUAAUAAGAAAAACAGAAUCAUCCCCAGACAUGUUCUAUUGGCAAUAAGGAAUGAUGAGGAACUGGGAAAACUUCUAGCUGGAGUGACCAUUGCUCACGGUGGAGUAUUGCCUAACAUCAACCCAGUCCUCUUGCCAAAGAAGUCUGAGAAGGCAACAACAAAGGAGCCAAAGUCACCAACCAAGGCUACCAAGUCCCCUAAGAAGGCUUAGUUCUAACAUUUCCUCGACUCUCUAUCUGUAUGUAAUUUCCUCUUCCUAUCUGGCGCGUAGGAAAGCUUUAUCUGUUAGGAAUCAUGACAAAUUGUACUCUUUAUAUUCCAUGUUGGUGUAGGACGUCUUGUGUUUGGAAUGAAUUAAGUGAAACGAAAUUUCCAGGAUGAUGACAUUUCUCUUAUAUUGGUUUCUGUAGAUUCUAAUUGCCUUUGUUUGAAAAUAAUGUCAAGGUAAAAUU